GCCGACGUUCUUCAAAACCUGUGUUCUGUCCAGAAUUAUUUGUUGUAGUUGAGCUCCCAAGAAGUCUCUGAAGCUAUUGAACCCGUUCUACGGUGACCGAAUCAACCAUGCCAAACCAAAUCCGCGACCUUCACGCGGUCGACGACAAGUCUUUCCCUUACAUCUUCGAGCAAAAUGCAACCGUCCCACUGAAGACUAGCUCCGGCCUCGUCCGUGUGAAUGUUUACCGCCCGAAAGAUGCAGAAGGAAAAGGAGGAAAGCACCCUGUGCUGGUGACUUAUGGCCCAUACGGCAAAGACAUCUACUAUGGAGAUUUCCAUCCUGGUUCCUUUGCAGAGCUGAACCCAGAGCACAAAUCACCACACUCAGCAUGGGAGACGCCCGAUCCCGGUUUCUGGACACGCAAUGGCUACGCCGUGGUUCGAGCAGACGAGCGUGGGCUGGGACAAUCGCCAGGCUUCCUGGAUACCAUGUCUCGAGGCACCAGCGAAGCCUUCUUCGACGUCGUAGAAUGGGCGGCCGAUCAACCGUGGUCGACAGGGAAGGUGGGCUUGCUGGGGAUAUCAUACUUCGCGGGAAGCCAAUGGCGAGUUGCUGCUCAGCAGCCAAAGGGAUUGAGCGCCAUUGUCCCUUGGGAAGGCAUGUCUGAUUACUACCGCGACCGAUGCAGACAUGGAGGCAUUCUGUCCAACGAAUUCAUCAAGUUCUGGUGGGAGAGGCAGAUUGUGUCGAAUCAAUAUGGGAAAGGCGGGAGAGCUGCGAGGAAAUGGGGUCCGGAUACUAUUGAGGGCGACUUGAGUGAAGAGGAAUUGAAGGCUAAUCGCCAGGACCAGAAUAUCGAUAACGCGAAUAACCACUUCCGCGAUCAGCGUUACUAUGCAUCCAAGGAGUACAACAAGGAAGACAUCACGGUUCCUAUUUUGAGCGUUGCCAACUGGGGUGGAAUUUUGUUGCACCUGCGGGGUAAUGUAGAAGGCUACACGCAAGCUGGAUCCAAAUUAAAAUACCUCCGCUUCAUUACUGGCCGCCACGAUCUCCCGUUUUACUACAAGGAGGAAGUCGAGGUCCAGAAGAGCUUUCUGGAUGCAUUCCUGAAGGACGACGAUCGUGUUGGGUGGUCUAUACCCGGCAAGCUCCCUCCAGUUGACGUUGUGCUCCGCAAGGGAGACGUUGGAUUCAACGAUGCAGCAGCAGAGCGAGUCUACACUCGCCGAACGGAAACGGAGUGGCCCAUAGCACGUACGCAAUACACUCCCUACUACCUGGCCCCUUCUCUCGGUCUUUCCCCCACAAAGCCAACCACAGCCUCCAUUUCCAAGGUCUCCUACGUAGCAACAGGCUUCGAAGAGAACGACGGCCGCGAAAUAGGAGCCGUAUCUCAAGGCUGGAAACCCCUCGCCGACGCCUUCGACCUCUCCCAACAAGUCUCCUUCACCACCGGUUCCUUCGAAGUCGAGACUGAAAUCACAGGGCACAUCACAGCACACCUAAACGUAUCCGUCUCCCCCACCAUCUCCGGCAUUUCACCCAGCGAGAUUGAUCUCUUUGUCACUCUGCGGCAUAUCUCUUCCGCAGGAAAAGAGGUCUUCUACACAGGUACAGCUGGCAACCCUGUGCCCCUCUGCAAAGGCUGGCUUAGAACGAGCUUGAGGAAGGUAAACAAAGAGCAUAUUAAUCACCGAGAGUGGCUUCCGCAUCGGGAUUACUUUUCGUCUGAUGUGCUGCCUGUUAUUCCUGGUGAGGUGUAUCCAGUUGAUGUCGAGGUUUGGCCGACAAAUGUGGUGUUGAGCCCGGGCAGUAAGUUAGUGUUUGAGGUUAGUAGUGGGGAUACGCAGGGCUGUGAGAGAUUUAAGCACACAAGUCCUACGGAUAGGCCGAGAGAGAAGUUGGCGGGCAUGAACCAUAUUCAUUUUGGGCCCAGAUAUGAGAAUUUUGUUACGCUUCCUAUUAUUCCUUCGAAGUAGGACCUGUUUUGUUUUGACGAUGUGCCGUGAGGUGGAAAUCGUUGUGAAGAGGCAAUGUUGCUCAGAGGACACGAAACAAGAAUCCCUAUACGAUCUAAAAGUAGACCUAUAUAUUUUCUUGCUUCUCUUUCAAAUAUGGUCAUGAAUUUGUAAACAAUAUUCCAAAUGUCCCCCCUUUCCCC